UCACCUCUUUGGCCGGAAUCAACACCAAAAAUGAAAAAUCCCUACAUUUAACAUUGUUUUACUUUGAAAAUUAUUUUCCCGUAAAAAUCUUAACUCUCUCAUUUAAUUAACCUUUUUUUUGCCUUUUAAAAUUACGCAUCGGUGGUUCAAUUGUUUUUAUGGUUUUAAGUAUGGGUUCUUUGUGGAGGAAAAGUUGAUAUAUUGUAGGCUUGCAGCAAGAUAUGGAUGAGUUAUUGGCCGAAAAUGAAAAUCUAUCAGCUUGUUCUGACAUACACUUAAAUCCCUUGAAGCACAGGUGACAGAAAGUUUUAGUUGAAAUUUUAGAUGGAAGAAGAUGAGUUGAUGAUGGUUUGGUUUAAUUUGCAAAACUUAGAUUAUGGAUCUUAAGAAGAAACAAGAGAAUGAGGAGAGUGAUGAAGCGGCGCAACGACUACAAGACGAAAUUCAAUUCAUCAAGGCACAAACGUUGCAACAUGGGAUAAAACAAGAGGCGGAGUCGAGAAAAGCAACUGUUGCAGGUUCAGUUGGAACAAUUCCGUCAGUGGAAAGUGUGUCGAGAAAAGGAACUGUUGCAGGUUCCUCUCUUCUUUUAUUUCUAGUAUCUACCAAAUUAAAGCAUUUAUUGUUUGCUGUAUGUACUUAACUGGGUUAAUAUCAUGCAUAUGCACAAUCAGUUACGGGAAGAGGGUCGGAGAAAUGAGCAGGAAAGGCAUCAGCUGCAUUCUUUAAACCAACGCCAGAAACUGCUAAUCAUAUUUUAUAUCUCUCAUAGGAGACGAGUGUCUGCAACUGCUUUGAUUUUAGGGAAAUGAUUUGCUUGCAGCUUCUCCAAAGAAAACACAAGAAGCUAAAAGAGUUGCUUCAAGCUCCUAAAUCUUCUGCUCCUCAUAACCCAGGCAUGUCUUUUAUUAUUAUUAUUAUUAUUAUUAUUAUUGUUAUAAAAGGAAGGAUGCAGUUAGGCCACUGCUGCAUUAUCAAUUUUCUAUCCUAGUGUAUUCGUUCAUCAAUACCAGAGCUAGAGCAUCCUGUGUUCUGUUGAAGACAUGAAUUCCAUAAACGAUGGAUGUGUGCAAAUAUGAUCUCCCAAUUUCGAAGAGGAAAUUCUGUAUUGGUAGCAACAUUAAUCUCGAAGCUUGUCACUGAGUUUCAGGCGAACUUGGAGUAAUCAAAGGCGGAGUCUAUGGUGAAGAAACUCCAAACGGAAGGACGAUAUCUUAGACAUGUCUGGUGAUGGACAUUUUCAUUUCCAUGCCAAAUAUGGUGGUGGGUUAGGUUUAUAUUUCUAGCUCUAGCGUCUUUCAUUACUUCAUCUCUGUUCGUCCGGAGUAAAAGCAGUCGGUCGGAUAGUAUGACACUCGAAACAGUACACGCAACUAUUCAUAGAUUAUUUACAGCAAUAAAAUGAAAAUACAAGUCAGCUUCAGUUUUUAGUAUGUACGUUGAUAUUUACG